AUGAUGCCAACUAAUCGUCGAAGGAAAUCAAGCUCAAAGUUCGUCGUUGGUAAUGAAGAAUCCCCUAUUACCAAGCAAGUGCCUUUUGAUGUUUUUAAGUGUCAUGGUUCAGACUCGAAUAGGGUUGAUUAUCAUGGUAGUGACUCUAGUCUUAAUUCGAUGACAGAUGACGUAAAAAAUCUUAGUUUAAAGGGAAAGCAAAGGCUUGAAUUAUCAGGAAAAAGCGUUUUGCCUAUAGCGCCUGUUGUUGGUCUAGAACUACCAAAGGUUGAAUUGAGUUAUUUCGAUGGACAGCCAAGAGGAUACUGGAUAUUUAUUAGGAAAUUUGAGACCUAUGUAGCGUCAAGAGUCACUGAUGAUAGCCAACGUUUGCUCUAUUUGAUGCACUAUUGUAAGGGCAAGGCGAAAACAGCUAUUGAGGGUUGUGUCAUGAUGGAAGCAUCCUCUGGUUAUAAAAGACCAAGGGAAAUUCUAAAACGUUUGUUCGGACAGUCUCAUGUAAUCGCUCGAGAAACAUUAGAGGACUUAUUCAAUGCUGUGAAUUUUGAUUAUACUGACGGGGAGCAACUAUCAAACUUGGUUAUUAAAAUGGAAAACUGUGCUCUGGUCUUGGAACAGAUGAAUUAUACCUCUGAUCUAAAUUCCUUAGUUUUUUUGGAAAGAAUAGUGAGACUCUUGCCUCAACCUAUGCAAGCCCAGUGGGCGGACUGGGUGGAUAAGUUGACCGAAGAUGAUAGAGAGCCGACGUUUCACGAACUCACUCAGUUUAUCGCAUCGCGUGCGAGAGUAGCUUGUAGUAGAUUUGGACGGUUAGCAAAUCGUUCACGAAAAGGGCAUAACGUAAAGACGAACUGUCACGCGCAGUCUGAGCAAGGGAAUAGUUCGACAGCGAAAACUAAAUGCAGUAUGUGUUUCUGCAACCAUGCUAUUUAUAAAUGUCCACAGUUCUUAGCGCUUACAGUUCAAGACCGAUGGUCUCACGCUAAAAGCAAAGGCAUUUGUUUCGUCUGUCUUAGACAAGGACAUAAGGUCAAUGAAUGCAAGAUGACAAGGCUCUGUAAUGUUAACAGUUGUGAGAAGAGACAUCACGCUCUGCUGCACAUCGACUCGACAAGCCACUCUGUAAAUGAUAAGCCAUCAUGCCCGGAAUUAGGAAAAGAGUUGUUAAUUAUACUAGUAAAAUACAGUCGUUGGAGAACGAAAUACUUAAGCCUUAUGAUGUAG